UUGAGUUUGACUGUCCCAUGUGACUUGUACACUUCCUCCAAACGACACUUUCUCUCUGUCUUUGCUGAAACAGGUUUUGAUCUAUAUUUUUCGGAAACCGACUGAGAACCAGUGUCAGCGAUGCACAAGCAGCCAGCACUGGUGCUUCCUGGAUCUGUUCAGAUGAGGAUCAAGAGUUCUCAGAACAAUACUGUAGAGAGACUCAGCCAGACAAAGUCUAUGGUCUUACCAGAUCCUGACACACUACAGAAACCCAUCAACCGUCACCGGAGAAACCAGUCUCAGGAUAACAUUGAUGGUUCUGUUGGGCUGCAGACUGUUUUAAAAGGAGAAUAUUUAAACAAAGCCAAAAUUGCUGAAGGAGGAAAGAAAUUACGAAAAAACUGGACUUCAACCUGGGUUGUUCUCUGCUCCAAUCAACUAUUAUUCUAUAAAGAGAGCAAACAAGAAGCUGUUGCAAAUUUGAAACCAGGUGGUAAAGCAGAUGGUGUGGAUCUGUGUGGGGCUCUUAUCGAGUGGACAACAGAGAAAUCCAGUCGAAAGAACGUGAUUCAGAUAACCACCCUAACUGGUCAGGAGUUUUUGCUGCAGGCAGAUCACUUUCCAACCAUCUGUAAAUGGCAUGAUGCCCUCAAGAAAGCAGUGGACAGUCUGUCGAGUGGCGCUGGAAGCAAGAGCUGUGGUAGAGUGGCCUUAAACAGAUCCAACAGUACAGAAUGCUUGCCCAGACCAACCUGUGAAGCCACCAAACCUAAACCAAAAGAGACCAAGUCUGAUCACAGACGCUCCAUCAUGUUCAAGCUGAAUUACAGCGCCUCAGACAGCGCGGACAAGAAUGGAGUUAAGAACAGACUGAAGAAGUUCAUCUCCAGACGGCCCUCCAUGAAAACGCUACAGGAAAAAGGCCUUAUUAAAGACCGAGUGUUUGGAUGUCACAUGUUGACCCUGUGCGAGAGAGAAAGGACCACUGUGCCCAGAUUUGUCAAGUUGUGUGUGGACGAAGUAGAAAAACGAGGCCUGGAGGCUGAUGGGAUAUACAGGGUGAGUGGCAAUUUGGCCGUUAUCCAGAAACUACGCUUCCUAGUUGACCAAGAGGAGGAGCUUGACUUGGGCGACAGCCAAUGGGAGGACAUCCAUGUCAUCACCGGAGCGCUAAAGAUGUUUUUCCGUGAACUGCCAGAGCCCCUGUUUCCCUUUCGCUUUUUUGACUUGUUUGUGGAAGCCACUAAAAUUAAGGAGCCCACACAGAAGGUUCAAGCCAUGAAGAAACUGAUCCAUCAACUCCCCAAACCCAACCACAACACCAUGAAACUGCUCUUCCACCACCUGAGGAGAGUCUUGACGAAGUCAAAGAAAAACUUAAUGUCGACCCAGGGCGUCAGCAUCGUGUUUGGACCGACUCUCAUGUGGCCUGAGUUUGAGUCAGGAAACAUGGAAGUCAAUAUGGUGUACCAGAACCAAAUAGUGGAGUGCAUUCUCAUUGAUUGUGUGGAGAUCUUUGGACCAGCGGGCAUGUAAAUGGACCCCAGAGUAUUCUGGAAAGAGACUGAAAAAAACCUCCCCAAAAAACUGGCUGGCUAGAUGUUACACCCAUGUAAAAUUAUUUCUUGCUCCUUUUGCCAUUUGAAAAAAUAUUUUUUUAAGUCACAUUUAUAAUUUUAUAUAUAUAAUUUUAAUAUAUAAAUUUAUAUUUUUGUAUAAUGCAAAUUUCACAUUGUAUCAUACCUGAAAACAUCAUUGACAAGUUGAAAAGCUGUAUAUUUGUAAUGAUAUAAAUGGUACGGAAAUAAAGCAGUUUUUGUAAAUGGG